AUGAGUGUCACUUCAUCGGGAGGCACCUUCGCUACUGCUUCUGAGUCGGGAAUAAUACUCACACCAACCUCGUCUCAAGACGGCAGUGGCAGUGAGAGAAGUUUGCCAAUUCGGGAAGCCUCGAGCGUACUUGGAACCUUGCCCAUAGCUCAACCACCGAUAAGUCUCUUUCAAAAUCUGCAGCCAGAUCAAGCAUCAUCAAUCACCACCCCUCGACGAAGUUCACCAAAUUCACAAUUGAGUCCCGGUCGGUCGCCAUCCACGUAUGCUGAUCAACACAAUGCCUCCCCAAGCCCAAGGCCGAGACGCAUACACCCUUGCCGUCCGAGACGAAGUACCGGAGAAAACACCUCUCGGUCAUUAAGUACCAACCAAGUUGGUAGGGGAUUGGGUAGCUCAAACCUACAAUCUGUAGCUGCUUCUGUGCAUACCGAAGAUGCACAAGUUCCCGGAACUUUUCCAGCAGCUAGUGGCAGUACUUCAGCAGCUACUUCAUCUCAUGAGAAUGAGGACGGGAACGAGGACGAGAACGAGAGGAUAUCCAAUGAUAUCCGGGACGAAACUCUUCCCCCAGCCCCAAUCUACAAUAAUAGACUUCAGGAUGGACUGAAAGCCGUUAAGGGCCACCUGGCCAGUCUCGCCAGCACAAUGCGUCUUUCGGAAUUGACACAAGAUCAAUCGACGAGCUUGUACACUCUGUAUAAGCAGACUGAAAAGAUGAGCAGAUUCCAGUAUCCGGUCACACGUACUGUGGGCUUUAUUGGAGACUCUGGAGUUGGCAAGAGUUCGCUGAUCAAUUCACUACUUGACCAAAAGAUAGCACGAUCCAGCAGAGAGGGAUCGGCCUGCACCUGUGUGGUGACGGAAUUCCGUCACACCAAUCAAGACCAUCCUGGUCCAUUUAGCAUCGAAGCAGAUUUCAUGAACAGAGAGGAAAGGGGGAACUUGCUUGAGCAUCUCCUGCUAGACUUCCGAAAAUACUACGUUAGUUCCAUCUACAGGGAGCUUAAGACAAUCGAGGAGCAACGAAAAUGCCACGAUGCAGCGGUUAAGUCAUGGGAAACACUUCACUCGCUUUUCAAGACUCAGCCAAGACUUACAAUUGAGUUCUUAUCAGAUGAGUCUGAGGGUGCACACUCUGGGAUCCUUGCGCUGCUGGAAGACUGGGCAUAUGCCGGCUUAAUAAACCGACAAGUUGGGUCUGAUGCGCUUAAUUACUCAGUCAUUGCCGAUGACCCCGGAGGGGGUGGCCCUGCAUUAUGGCCUUUUAUCAAGUUGAUUAGGGUAUAUCUCAGCUCACCUAUCCUAAGGACUGGGCUAGUUUUGACUGAUUUGCCUGGACUCCGAGAUCUCAAUUUUGCAAGAGUGCGAGCAACCGAGAGAUACCUUGCUCAUCAAUGCGAUGAGGUUUUUAUUGUGGCAAACAUCUCUCGAGCUGGAACUGACGAAUCUGUUGGUGACAUCAUGAGAAGAUGUAGACAGGAUCAGCCUCGGAGAAUUAUUUGCACAAACUCAGAGGAUAUUUCACCAGAAGAGGUCUCCCGUGAGCAAGGGCCAGACGGCCGACGCGUCCGGGAAAUGAACAAUGAGCUCGAGAGGGUCAAUGCCCAAAAGGUGAAAGCUAAGUCGCAAAGAAUGAAAUCACGGGGAGAUGUUCAGCUCCAAUGGUUCCUGAAGGAGUCGGAAUUCAGUGACCAGGUAGACGAAUUGAAGUUUGACAUUACGCGCUUCCUCAUCCACCGGCGAAACCUCAACGUUUCACGCGAGCUUCGCAGGAAAUAUGACGACAUCCAGGUAUUCUGUGUCAGCAACACACUAUACUCUGAACAUCGGAACAGUGACCCAACCCAGGCAGAUAGGUAUCUCGAGCUGACUGGUAUACGAGAGCUGCGCCGCUAUUGCCAGCUAGUCCCAGCUGAAGCUCAAAUGCGUGCAACAACAGCGUUCCUGGAAGAUGAAGUCCCGGCAAUGGUGGGCUCAAUUCUUCAAUGGGCCCUUUCUGGUACAGACCCGGUCACUGCAGAAAAGGCCGCACAGCUUCGCCGUGUUCUGCGUAAUUCUCAAGAUGUUCUUCAUCGGGAUUUCCAAUCGUCGGAAGACCAUUUAGCUUGCAUGUUUCGAAACUUGAGAGAGCGUUUUGACAAUUCUAUUAUCUUCUGUAUCGAUACGUCUCGAACUCAGUGGAAACAAGAAAGCCUGAACGUCAGCCAGCGCUGGGUAAAGUGGCACCACACCUCAUACGCUGCAUUCUGUCGACACUACGGCACGUGGAGCACUAACGCACAAAAGAAUGAGCGGCCCUGGAAUGAGCAACUCAUGCAGCGAACUCGUGAAGCAUUGGAUCCCGCAUGGGAAGACAUAAUGGAUUGGCUGGAGUCAAGAAUUGAAACCUUGACUGAUGAAGUUGACCAGUCAUUUCAACUACUACGUUCCGAGAUCCAAGAGCAUCAGCAUCUUGCACCCCACGCGCUACGAAACAUUAUUGUCAACAUAGGACAUAGACGAGAGAAUAUCAAUACGCACAUCAAGAAUGAGAUGAGAAACCUCAUCCUAAAGACACAAAUUACCAAGCGAGACAUGCUAGAGCAUCACAAUGAUUCAUUUAUCUCGAUGCUCAUGGAGCCAUGUUAUAAUCAUUGUAACAGUGAGGGAGGAUCAGGUAGUGAUAAACGGCGAAAGAGUCACAUGGAAGACCACUUGAGAAACUCCAGGUUAUUUUCCAAAUACUCUAUACAUGCCAAGAAUGUCUACGGUGGACUCAUGGCCGAAAGCCUCGGGUCACUACAAGAAAAAAUUGAUAACCAGAUAGAAGGCAUAGUGUUAGACUUCCAAGCUGUGGUAGUCAAUGAAGGAGAAAUACCAGAGGCAGAGCGGGCACCUGCACUGGCGAAUGAACUGCGAUCCCUCAUUCGGAGUGGACAGGCUACUAUUGAUGAUACCAAGGGAUUCGCCCAACAGCUCAAUGCGCGCAGUGACUGA